AUGAUGACAGAAUCUGGAGGUGUACGUGCGAUUUCCCCAAUCUUUAAUGUUGGACCAAUUUGUGCCCUUCAAAUCCUUGAAACUGACAACGAUACCGUUCUAGCCGGUGAGGGACCAAUUCUAAAGGCCUACAAUUUUAAAACGGGUGAUGUCAUUGCCAGAAUGCGGGCCUUUCCUAGGAAUAAGGUACAUGGAAUAAGUGUCUAUGAGACCGAAAAGCCUGAAUUAGUGGCUGUUUUCGGUGGAAGGUCGCUUAGCGUUAUUUCCUAUGAUCAUUUCAAGAAGAAUGCUGCUGAAUUCAAGGAGUAUGCGGUGGGAGACUGGAUCUUGGCGGUUGAGUUCUCUCUUGACGGAUCGAAACUCUACUGUUUAACAGCUCACAAUGUUGUCGUAACUGUUGAUGUUGCUAGUAUGAUGCUUAUAGACUCAAAAAACUGUGGCUGGAAGUCUAUACUUUAUUCUGGUUCUAUCAAAGCUCUCAAAGAUGGAAGAAUACUUAUUUGCUCUGGUACUGUUAUGAAUGGAAUUUUAGUAUGGGAAUUGACUUCUUCAAAGCUAUUAUACAACCUCACUGAUCAUGAGGGGUCUAUAUUUGGUGUGAAACCUUCCAAUUGUGGUAAAUAUCUUCUCAGUUGCUCUGACGAUCGAUCUAUUAGAGUGUGGGAUCUCUCCAAAGGUGAGUUAUUAGCCACUGGAUGGGGCCACGGAGCUAGAAUUUGGGGACUUAGCUUUUUUUCAUUCGAUUCUAAUCAUGGAUUCAAAGUAUUCAGUUGUUCUGAAGACUGUACUGCUCGUGUUUGGAAGUAUGCCAAUGGUUCAGGUGAGCUUGUUCAGCAGAGGCUCAUUUCCUGUCAUACUGGAAGAAGUAUUUGGAGUGAAUGUGUCAAUGAUAAACUUAAGAUUGGAUUUACUGGUGGUGCUGAUGGUAAACUAAAGGUUCAUGACUUGGCCCCAGACAUCAGGCUUGGAUAUGUUAGCUGUUUAUGGACCGUUUCAGGAAUUUCCAAGCAGACUGACAUCGGUUUCGAAAAAGUUGAGACCAUUAAAAGUUAUUAUGACUUUGGGUAUGGACUUUUUGCGGUGAGCUCUUUGGGUAAAUGCUUUGCUGUGAAUAAUAGCCAUCAGUGGAAUCAUUUGUUUGAAGAUGCCAGAUUCGCUCGUUUUUCGUUGGUGACAGGGUUUAAGCAUACUGGGAUUGUUGUUCUUUGUAACAAGUCUGGAAUUAUGAUUUUGUUGAAGUUUGACUCCACUUGUAACCUACUUUCCCGUUCAGAAAUCCUAAUUCCCACUAUAUCCCGAUUGGGUAACAUCUUGACCUCUAGUACCAAUGAUAAAUUAUUACUCUUGGCUGAAUCGCCUAAUCCCCAGGAUUGUUUGGUCCUUCAGGAGAUUGAUGAGGCAACUUCAAAAGUAAUAUACACUUCUCUGUUGGUUAAACCCCAGGAGAACAUUGCCAUUAGUUCUCUACUCUACGAUGCAGAUACUCAAUACUUGGUGGUUGGCUCUCGUUUUGCAACUAUUAUUCUUUACGAUAUGUCCAUCGGCACUGAAGUACCGGUUUGUGCCUAUUAUAAAAACCAAGUGAAAGGUGACACGGUAUCGGAAUUGCUGGUUGCAAGUGCUGAUAAGAUUUCAAGAGAACUAUCGUUUUACGUGACUAUGAAAGAUGGCCGUUUUUAUAUCAUUAAGGUUGGAACAAAUCGGCAGAUGGAGAUUUUGGAAGAUAAUAGACUUCAAAGAGGAUUCCUUGAAGGUCUGCUGAUUGGAAGUAAUGGCGAAUUGCUGUUGUAUGGCUUCAAAUCUGACUGCUUCUACGUGUGGAAUGAAACUACUCAAGAUGAGAUAGUUCGGAUUGUGUGUGGUGGACCUCACAGGCAAUGGAGUUUUUACUACUGGCAUGAAGAAGGAAAAUUGAGGUUUCGUUUUGUGUUUACUAGGGCUUCCGAUAUAAUGAUGGUCCAAAAUGGUUCGCAGCAGUUUGUUGAUUAUCUUAAUGUUGGAUUACACGGUAGAGAGAUUAGAAGUAUGGCUGUUAUGAAUGGGCCUAGCGAAAAUGAGAAGUUGUUGAUUUCAGGAGGAGAGGAUACUACGGUAAAGCUUUCUGAAUUGAAAAUGGAUGGGACUAUAAAGUUAUUGUGGACCCAGCGACAGCACGGCUCCGGAUUGCAGUCUGUUCAUGUAGUGAACGAUGAAUAUGUGAUGAGUUCGUCUGCUAGAGAGGAGUUAUACUUAUGGAAGGUAUCUCAGGCCACAGGCAAGCCGUCCAUCUGUCUUUAUAGAACAAUCAGGCCUAUAUCUAAGCAUCCGGAUUUACGUGUGAUGGACUUUGAUACAUUAGAAAUCAAGGACAAGGGUAAACCCAUUGGCUUUAUAGUGGCCACAGUCUAUUCAAAUUCUCUCAUUUGUCUCUGGUAUUUCAACUAUGUCGAGAAGAGCUAUAAAAUGUUUGUCAACGAUUACUACAGACAGUGUUGUAUUCUCAGCGUUCAUUUCAUGAUUCUUCGAGGUAAAAUAUAUCUUACUGCUGCUUCAACAAACGGAUAUCUAUCUAUCUACAAUGUGGAUUCAUUGUUGUCAAAGUACUUCGAACUGGGAAGUGGUAACACCCUCAUAAUGACUGGUGACGGAACUUUUGAGGUGUCGAAAUUAGGUCGUUUAAUUGUUGAUAAACAGCUUCAUCAAUCUUCUAUUAAGGCUCUUGACUACCGAUAUGUUUCUGAAUCUGAAAUCGUCAUUGUGACUGGUGGAGAUGACAAUUCUCUCAUUCUUAGUAAAAUAAACAUGAAAAAUGAUGCAGAGUCUGAUUCUGUGCAGGUGGAGGUUUUAUCUUACAUUUCCGAUGCGGCAGCAUCCACUAUUACCUGCGUUAAUAUGAUAGACGAAAAUAGAGUUGUGGUAUCUUCUGUGGACCAGAAGUUUAGAGUUUGGAGUAUUAAGGGAGGAAAUCUUCAGUUAUUAGAUGACGAGUAUACUACAGUUGCAGAUAUUGGCUGUGCAGUGGUUUCUGAGUUCAAUGGAGUCAAGAUGGUCCUUAUUGGAGGAGCAGGAGUCUCAGUAUGGAAAUUGAAUGAAUAA